AUGAUAGACACUUUAUCAUUAUUGUUGAUAAAGGAGAUUGCAUCACAUCUGAGUGAUAGUUUAGUUGACUCUUUGAUGUUGUCAUUGGUCUGCAAGAGAUUGUUCAAAGAGAGAUCAAAGUAUAUUUUAUUGGAUGAUACCCAAUUGCCAAUGUACAAUAGUCUGGGCAACAUCCAAUCAUCAACCAAUCUACAAUCAUACAAACAUAUUAUCACCAAUCAACUUGUAAAGAACAAAUAUCUAAACAUACUUAUCUGCAUUGAACCAGUCCUAAACCUCCCAAACAUAUAUGAUUAUGUAUUCGUUACAAAGGCACAACAGACAGAUAGAUUUAUGAUCAAGGAUAUCUUGGAUAUACCAAUUAUUGGUUCGGUGACCUUUAGUGAUUUGAAUGAUGCUGUUGGCUUCAAACAAUCAUUCUGGAUAAGUGCUAUUCCUUUGUUUGAAGGGUUGAUCGCCCGUGGUGUGACCGACAUCUCAUACUUCUGCUAUGGCGACAUCAUCGCGUUGCCACCAAUCAUUCAAUUGACAAAGAUAACAUUCAAUAUCUUUUAUGAGAAUCGAUACAACGAUGGAAACAUCCCGCCACUGCCACUCCAUGCAUUGCCCGCGACGCUCACCAAUCUAAAGAUUAGUAGUGAGCGUGAGGUGUACCCGUUUAACAAAGUCCUGCCUCAUACUCUCAAGUAUCUCGACCUCACCAAUGCGCGAUACAGCCAGUCCUUAUUAACUGGUGGAUUACCUAUUCAUUUGGAAUCACUCAAACUGAGCAAGCAUCACAAUAUACCAGCAUUUUUACCUGGCUCACUGCCACCCAACCUAAAGACAUUGAUGUUCUACAGGUCUUAUGAAUAUGUUAUCAACAAGGCGAUACUUCCACCAUCUAUUACAUUCCUUUACUUCUCGGAUGGAUACAUGAGGCCACUUGGCAAGCUACCAGACAGCUUAACAGACCUUCAAGUUCAUGGUCAAGGCACUGGUAUCAUCAGCCAUCCGUCACUCGACACCCUUGUUCUCUACUCCCAUCAUACACUCAAUCAAGGCAUGACAUUUGAGCACCUCAAUGACCUGGUACUCACCCAUCUUCCCGAACGAUAUGUUUCGACUAUCACCUCGACCAUGUUCCCAAGACUCAAGUAUCUGACGAUAGUUGUAUUCAAACCUCGUCGCACAACAAAGGUGAUCGAUCUCUCUGGAUUACCAUCAACAAUCAUAUCACUCUCAUUGGUAUCGAUUGAUGGUCCACAGUUUGGAACAAUUCCACAUGGGGUACGGAUGGUGCUUUUCAAGUGUGGUCAACACUUUGACUAUAGCAGUCUGUGCCACCUACCACCUACAGUCGCCAGUCUGGAGCUACUUCGUGGUGAUCAUACAAAGUUUGCAGCCAUUGCAUCAAGAUUGCCCAAGUCGAUUCGCAAUUUAGAUAUACGCAUGGGAGGGAUACCUAUCCAAUGGUUACAAUGCUUACCUCCAACAAUCAAAGAGGUGUCCAUAGAUCUCAACAUCAAAGACAGUCAAUUGUCCAACCGUACAAUAUCUGAUGUACAUUUGCGAAGGAUGACUCAAUCAUUGUUCUUCAUAUCAUGGCCUGACAAAUCGAUGGGAAGUGGGUUCAUUACCAUCAAACCAUGA